UAAUGUUUCAGUGGAGCAAGGCUUUGCAAAUUUGGCUCAAUGAGACAUGGAGCAAACAGCUUUUCAGAGAGCUUCAACUCAGCUGUCAGAAGGGGCAGUUUGGUCUCUGUGCAAGCUGUACUCACAUUCCAAACUGCAUUAGGGAAAAGCUGCUGGGUUUUUAUGCAUUUUUAUUAUCAGUUCCAGAUUAGGAAUCUGCUACUGAUUUUUUCUUAAAGCCUGUGUUCAGAGUACAGCUUAUAUUCUAAAACAAAACCAGGAUUGUGAUGUUUUACUCUCAUUAGCUUGCUCUUUUUUGGUUUGCUUUUUUUUCUUCUCCCUGGCUUUACUCCAAGGACCUUUUCUGCUUUUUGUUACACUCUCGAGAUGAAGCACCGGAUGGUUACGGCAGUGCUGGUAGCACUGGUACAGGUUUCACAGAGUUUCCCUGCCUUGUACCACCGAGGCUGGUGGAGGCUGCUAAGGGAAGGAGAUAGUUGUGGAAAAUGUGAUUUGGCACUCUGCUCCGAGCCCAAGGACUGUCCAGCCGGGGCUGUGCUGGAUCGCUGCGGCUGCUGCCCAGAAUGUGGGAACGCGGAGGGUCAGAUCUGCGACUUGGACCAGGGCAACCAUUUCUAUGGGCAGUGUGGGGACCACCUCGAGUGCAGGCUGGAUGCUGAUGAAGCAAGGUUUGGGGAAGUCCCUGAACCCCAGUGUGUGUGCAAAUCUCAAGAAAGCAUCUGUGGACCCGAUGGGAAAACCUACGAAAACAUCUGUCAGUUCAACAAGGCUUACGCUGCGAAAAGAAACAUCAGCAUGAAACAUAAAGGGCCAUGUGAAUCAGCUCCUGUUAUUUCUGUGCCACCUCAGGAUGCCCAGAAUUACACUGGCAAUGAUGUCAUUUUUGGCUGUGAGGUGUCAGCCUAUCCUAUGCCACAGCUUGAAUGGAAAAAAAAGGGGAAUAAAAUGUUUCUGCCAGGAGAUGACACCCACGUCUCUGUCCAGGCAAGAGGUGGGCCUCAGAAGUAUGGUGUGACAAGCUGGCUGCAGAUUCAAGGCCUCAAAAAAUCAGAUGAAGGCAUUUAUAUCUGCCACACCAAAAAUAAGCAUGGUGCAACAUAUGCCUCUGCAAGAUUGAAAGUCAUUGAUGGCCCAUCUCCUGCAUUUGCAUUUACUGCUGGCAGUAGAAGUGCAAGCUACAGUGUUGAAUACGAGGAGUAUUAUGACAAUUCUGAUGAGGAAGAUGAUGAAGAAUAUGAAUCCGGGAACUAUGAUAAUGACAACGAUUCUGAAAAAUAAUUUUUAUACAUCUCUUGUCCAAAUCUUUUCACACUGUUAUAUUUCCCAGUAGUCUCUGUUCUGCAAAUGGCUCCUCUGAUAACACACAUACUUACUUGUGUAUCCACCUUCCUGAAAUGUAGCUUUGAAUGAAGUGUAUCAUGCUACUCACCAGAAGUAAGAACAGUUGUAACACCAAUAUAUUUCGACUAUUAAAUAAAAUGCUUCUACUAAGUA